UAUCGAUAACAAAGUCGAUCCACAAAGUAGUAAACAUAUACAAACAUAAACGUUGUUUACAGUUUGAUAAAUGUUGUUUUGUUGCAAGAAUAUUAAGACUUGUUUUUUUUUUUGGUACCUUUUAUUGUUUUGAAUCGAAAUGGCCCAUUUCGAUACAACCCUAUUGAAAACUAAUAUAGUAUCCAGCGAAGUUAAACAAAUAGCUCAAAUACUAAAAUCGAAUUCAUUAUCAAUUUAUAAUGAUAAUGAUGAUGCCAAGCUUCGAGAUUUAUUACUCGUACUCAAUUGUAUAGAUUUAACAACAUUGGCUGGCGAUGAUACUUACAGUAAUGUAUCCAGGCUUUGUUAUCGAGCAAUACAUCCAUUGAGCAACAAAAUAGUUGAAAAAUUAUCCAAUCAUGAUGAUUAUCACCACAGAAACAAUAUCACAACAGGUGCUGUUUGCGUUUAUCCAUUAAGAGUUGGUGACUGUCGUCAAUACUUGGAUAGAAUCGAUUCCAAUCUAUCAAUAGCUUCGGUUGUAGCCGGGUUCCCAAGUGGUCAGAGUCCAAUCACAGUAACAUUGGCUGAUAUUACUUUUGCCAUACAAUCGGGAGCAAAUGAAAUCGACAUUGUCAUUAAUCGAUCAUUAGUGUUGGCCGGUAAAUGGCAAGAAUUGUUCAACGAGAUCAAAAUCAUUGCUCAGCACUGUCAUGACCAAAAUGUGCAUUUGAAAGUGAUACUCAGCUGUGGUGAACUGGGUAAUUUACAGAAUAUUUACAAGGCAUCGAUGUGUGCCAUGAUGGCCGGAGCUGAUUUCAUCAAAACAUCCACUGGAAAAGAAUCGAUCAAUGCUACAUUGACUUACGGUCUGAUUAUGAUCAGAGCUAUCACUGAUUUUUAUAUUGCUCGAAAAAUUCGUGUUGGGCUUAAACCUGCCGGUGGUAUCAAAAAUGCUUCCGAUGCUCUAUGCUGGAUCAAUUUGGUCCGCUUUUAUUUGGGACCCGAAUGGCUCAAUAAUAAAUUGUUUCGAAUCGGUGCUAGUUCGUUACUCAACAAUAUCGAAUUUGAAAUCUUUAAAUUACUAUUCCACCGAAAACCAAUAGAAAAUGAACUGUCAAUGACAUGAAUAAAUCAACGAGACAAGAUUUAUUUACAAAAACAAA